UAUUUGUUAUUUCAAUUUCUAGGCCUCCCUUCAUCAAUUUAAUGAUCCCAGGGUGCAUUACAAUAUAAAGCAAAACAAAUAAUAAAAUCAUUCUGCACCUUAAAGAAACUUGUUCGCAUUUGAAAGCGUACAUAUUGAAUUUCAGAGCAGAUAAACAAUUGAUUAACGGAAUCCAGUCUCAGUUACAUCACUUCACCAGAAAGGCCUAAGGAAAUAGGUUUGUCUUCAGCUAGCCUUUCAGUCUGCCCCAAGAACACAGCCAGCAGGACAAUGCUGCUUGAUGAACAUUUCAAGUGCUGUCCCAUUGGCAGGUCUCCCUUUCUACUGAAGUGUCAUUUAUGCAGUUACGAGCAGUCCUUUGUUAAAGGUGACGGCAACUGGAUUUCUGUGAGGGGUGAACUACAGCUCCCACAGUUCUUUGCGGGAAACAAUGUGCUUUAAAUAUGCUAAAAAUGUUGUGUUUUAAAUGUACACAACAUUGCUCUUUCUGUUGGUGAUAAAAUCAAUAUUUUCUUUAAACUGGAGGUGAACCAUUCUUUUUGAUACUCUGCCACCUAUUUCUGUGAUUCAUUAAGGCGAAAUGGCUCAACUCAGCUGCCAAAUAAUGACAAAACCCAGCGCAGGUUCUGUGCAUUUGAAACGAUUCCUGUCACUAUGAAAUGUGCACACAUCUUAUAUGCCUAUUUCCUUCGUCUCUGGUGAUAAAUCCACUUUAACAUUGUCCUUCAAAGACAACACAAUUUUAUGUCUUACAAUCCCACCCUGUCACCAUUUCACUUGACCAACUUUCCUGUUACAUUUCAUCACAGCAAUUGUUGCUUCUCAUGAGACGCUAUCAAUGUUUCAUAUCAAGGUGUCCUCUUAAACUGUAAUGUGAGAGCCAGCUAGAACUGUUGAAUUAUACAUCGCCUAGCUGAAUGUAAGCAGCCUUUUUUGUAAGUCCAAAGCUAUCCCUUGCUGAACUAAUUUCUGGGAAGCGCAGUGAAAAACCCAUAUCUAUGGAUGAGCUUCAGAUGAAACUGAGCCCCAGGCAUGAUGCAAGAUCCCGAAAAGUCAGAUUCAAAAUCUCCUCUGCCUACAGUGGUCGAGUCUUAAAGCAGGUAUAUGAAGAUGGACAGGAACUUGAGAUCCCGCAGGAGGAAUAUCCUCAUAGUUUUCGGCACUGGAGCUUUGAACCCAAAGACGACUUCUUUGGGCUUGGUGAAGCCCCAGGACCCGGGUUUUGUCCAUCAGCUAAAAUGAAUGCACAGAGGAUCAGUGUAUUCAGAGAAGGGAACAAAUACACGCUGACAGGGAGCCCUUCUCUCUUAAAUGACCAUCAGGCAGAGGAGAGCCAUAUGAAUCCCCCUGUUUUAGAUUUUGGGAAGAUUAUCAUCUACACUAGCAAUCUGAAAAUCAUCCGAUCACCCCUGACUAAGAAGGAGCUGGUGAGAAAAAUCAUACAGGAUGAAGGACUUGAAGACUGGUCCUUCACAUACCUUGAAGGAAGAGGAGAAACUUGCAGUAACCCAAGUGAUGAGAACAUAAAGGAGACUGAAUGUGAGCCUGUUCACAACGACCAUAUGCAGGAAGCAAAUGGUGAUAUCAGUUGCUCCCAGUGUAAGGGAUCAGGCUUUGCACCCUGCUCUGUGUGCCAUGGAAGCAAGUUUUCAAUGUUGGCAAACCGCUUUAAAGAGUCCUACAGAGCUCUGCGAUGUCCAGCUUGUAAUGAAAAUGGCCGGCAACCCUGCCAGACCUGUGUUCAAUGACUGUAUCUGCUCUCUGGCUUCCUUUUACUUCCCUUGUUUGCUUUUUUUGUGUAGAAAAAGAAUCCUUCAAGUUUUUAUAUGUAUUGUAUUUACCUCUUUGCACUCAGGCUACUCCUGCAGGUAUAAAAGUGUUUGUAUGCAGUGUUAAUAUGCUAAAUAAGGUCAAGUUUCAUUGAUUUCAGUGGAUGAGAUUUACAUUUUUUAAAGGGCUUAAGUUUGGCUGAAUCAUGUCCUGGGUUCUUUUAUUUGACUCUCCUGUUUCAAUUGAGAAAAUCUAUUUGUGUCCCCGAAGUAGCAGCAUUGAAUAAGUACCAUGCCAACAGCAGCAGCACCAGAACUCAAAUGAGGAAGCCAAAUGAGAGAGAAGCUUUUCCUUGUUGCAUAAAUUGGGUUAUUUUUCAUAGAAAUAGUCUCACCGCCUCCUAUUCCCUUUCCCACAAGAGAUAUUGACGUUUUGCACCUAUUGAUAACUAUA